AUGUCGCAGGAGAAUAAUUCAGCGGAGCCAGACAUUUACCCUGAAAAUGAAGAAUGUCCCGGGGAAGAUCCACUUGGCUUUGGAGAUGAGCUGGAAUUAAAUCAGUUCGAUGGAUUGCCCUUUUCCUCGCGUUACUAUAAAUUACUAAAAGAGAGGAAGACUCUGCCAGUGUGGAAGGUCAGGUGCGAAUUUGAAGAUUCCCUGGUUAACAACCAACUGGUUGUUGUGUCUGGGACAGCAAAGACUGGAAGGAGCACACAGAUCCCUCAAUGGUGUGCAGAGUUCUGCCUAUCUGCCCAGUACCAGCAUGGCAUGGUUGUGUGCACACAGACUAACAGGCAGCAGGCUGUAGAUCUGGCUUUGCGUGUGGCUGAUGAAAUGGACGUCAACAUAGGCCAUGAAGUGGGUUACACCAUCACUCUGGAGACGUGCUGCUCCUCUGACACUGUUCUGAGGUACUGCACUGACGACAUGCUGCUGAGAGAGAUGAUGUCGGACCCUUUUCUGGAACACUACGGGGUCAUUAUUAUCGACCAGGCCCACGAGAGGACAGUUAGUACUGAUAUACUGCUGGGUCUCCUGAAGGACAUCCUGCUGCAGAGGCCUGACCUCAGAGUGGUAGUCCUCGCUGUUCCACCCAUGACUGACAAGCUGCUGAGCCACUAUGUUGGGGUCCCGCUCAUCAGUCUGGAGGACUCUUGUUCUGCUGAAGUGGUCCACAGCAACAGUGGUAACAAGGACUACUUCUACUCAGCGCUGAGACUGGUGCUGGAGAUCCAUCGUACCAAAGAGGAUGGAGAUAUCGUUGUGUUCUUUGCCUCAGCUGGGGAGGUUCAUUGUGCCCAUAGCAUCCUCCAGAGAGAGCGUACCAGGCUAGGAGUGGAGCUUGGCCAGAUGGUGCCUGUGGUCCUAUGCCCAAGCCAGAGAGGGCUGUUGCCUAGCUUGACUGAACAACCUGACUCCAGGGGGUCAAGAAAGGUUUUCCUCUCUACCCAACAGGGGGAGGAUAUGUGGUGGGCGGCAGAGUCUGUUAACUUUGUCAUCGACACAGGAGUCCAGAAAAAAAUGGUGUACAAUCCAAGAAUAAGAGCUAACUCAGAGGUGCUUCAAACCAUUAGUCAGUUCCAGGCAGAUGUACGCAAGCGGCUCUCUGGACCAACAGGUAAAUGUUUUUGCCUAUAUCCAGAGGACAGCCAGCUUCCUGCAGAGAGAUCCCCACAGAUCUUGGAGUCUAACAUUACAUCAACAGUCCUUUUCCUAAAAAGGAUGGAGAUAGGCGGCCUCGGACAGUGUGAUUUUAUUGACAGACCAGAUCCAGAGGGUCUCAUGCAGGCCUUGGAGGAGCUGGAUUACCUCGCAGCUUUAGAUGACGAUGGCAAUUUGUCUGAGAUUGGGAUCAUAAUGUCUGAAAUCCCUCUGGACCCUCAGAUGGCCAAAUCUCUGCUAGCAUCCUGCGAGUUCGACUGUGUGAGUGAGAUGUUGACGAUUGCAGCGAUGCUAUCAGCGCCAAGCUGCUUCCUGGAGCCACCUGCUGGCAUGACACAUGAGGCAGUCCAGUGUCACAGAAAGUUCCAGCACCCCGAGGGCGAUCACUUCACCCUCAUUAACAUCUACAAUGCCUUCAAACAGAGUCAGAGAGAACAAUACUUCAGUGCUGAAAAGUGGUGCCAGGACUACUACCUAGAUCAUUCUGCCCUGAAGACAGCUGAGGCCAUUAGAUCAGAGUUGACUGACACCCUGAAUAGGAUUGAACUUCCCAUCUCUGAACCGUCCUUUGGAACCAAGACCAAUACCCACAACAUCAAAAGAACUCUCCUGGCUGGGUUCUUCAUGCAGAUUGCUCGAGAUGUGGAUGGAUCAGGAAAUUACUUCAUUCUGACACACAAGCACAUGGCCCAGGUGCACCCGCUCUCCAGCUAUGGGGCCCAGUCCCACAAACUGGGACUGCCAGAGUGGGUUAUUUUCCAUGAGUACACGCUGUCAGAGAACAACUGCAUGAGAACAGUCUCAGAAAUUUCCCCUCAAGUGUUCAUUCAAAUGGCACCACUGUACUUCUUCUACAAUCUGCCCCCUAGUGAAAGCAAAAACAUACUGCAAGACAUGCUGGAUCCAGAUGGAUCAAGAAAUUGUAAAGAACAAAGAGCUGCACCUGACAGCAGUGACACUGACGAUGGCUGUGCAGCGGUGCCGCAGACUUAUGACAGAUGUGUAAUUCAAUGA